AUGCCGCUAGUGCCGCAGGACGUAAGAGGAGUGAGUACCCGUGCAAUGGCAGAAGCGCAGCGUGUGAGGGAAGAGAGUGCUGCAGCUCAAACCAGCGAUGCAGAAGCCAAGCCUGUGCAGGUGGAUCUACUGCUACAGCUGCAGCAAAUGAUGGUAGAGCAAGCGCGCCGCCAAGAAGAACAGCUACGGGAGCUGAAAGAAGAUCAAGCUCGUCGCCAAGAGGAGCAUGCACGCUGUCAGGCGGAGCAGCUACGGGAGCUGAAAGAGGAUCAAGCUCGCCGCCAAGAGGAGCAAGCGCGUCGCUUGGAAGACAUGCAUAAGGAUUUCACGAAGGGACUGCAAAAGGCUGUCGAACGGGUACAAGAAGUGGAGGAAGGGUUAGGCAAGUUGGAACAUCGCGUCAAGGCGAUAGAGGAGAGAGUGGAAGAAGAGAUCUCCAAAAUCAAGCAGGAAGUGACAAGCCCAAGCCCUUUGAAGAGCCGAAGCCGUCUUGCAGCCGUUUUUGAAACCCCAAAUGCGGCUUCAAGUGCAACGAAAGGGCUUAAGAUUCCCCAUUACGACGGAACAACAUCCUGGACCGCGUUCAAGCUACAGUUUGAGACACUUAUGGAGGCUUAUGGUUGGACUCAGAAGGAAGCACAGUCAGCCCUUACCCUGGCCCUCCGUGAUCAAGCGCUCUCAGUGCUGGAAGCUAUCGGCGCAAGUGGGGAUCUCAGCUUUAGUGCCCUCCUCGACGCACUUGAGGCACGUUUUGGAGACAGCCACCUCGAGCACGUGUACAGAGCGCAAUUAAAAGAGCGUACUCAGCGUGCUAAUGAGGGCCUACAGCAAUGGUCCGUGGAAAUCGAGAAACUUGUGCGUCGAGCUUUCCGGUCGACUCCGUCAAUGAUUGAAGGCACGCUUCUCCAAGCGUUCAUUGACGGUAUUCGGGACCCCGAAGUACGAGCCGCUGUUCAUCUGGGCCAUCACAAGAACAUGAAAGAAGCUCUGGCCCAUGCAUUGGAAGUGGAAGCCGUGCGUGGUAACUCCCGUACCUUACGUCUGCGGGAAAUGACGACAACGGAGCAGGUACCUCCACGCCGUCUGAACUUCAUGUGCUAUGGAUGUGGAGAGCGUGGGCACAUACGGAGCGACUGCCCGAAGAAGAUGAACCGCCAGGACGCGGCGGUCUCAACUUCUGACCAGCAGGGAAACUUAAAUCCAGCCAGGGCUGCGGGGUGGGCGCUGGCUGGUAGUGGAACAACCCCAACAAUCUACAUCAAGCAAACCAACGAUGGAAAUACUCUGGUGAUAGACGGUCAAACUUAUAAGGUAUUGCCUUAUAAGGUCCUACGUGUAUUGUCACAUCAUCGCUACGAGCUGGAAUUACUGGCCGGUUCGUAUGGCAAAAAGAACCAGGCAGCUGCCGAGCAUAUGGUACUCUGGCGUGGCGAGUGGACGCCUGACGCAUGCUCCGCUUUCUUCGAGGCUGAUGAUUAUAGCCAGUCUGAGGAUGACGGCCAAUCUGGUGAUGGUGGACCUGGUGAUGACACAGGGCAAGAUGCGGUCGAGGACGCCUCGCUGUCAGGAACGGCCGUCUUAGCGAAACCUCCUUCUCCAAAACCUGACAUAAGUGUUAGAUAUAAGUGUUUAAGUGUCCCACACUUCGGCCAUGCUUCGGCACGAAUGGGUCUGCUCGACCGGAGUGAUACCACGGCCUCACAGAAAACCGGCGUGAAACAACCACAGUGUUGUGUUUCGGCGUUUGAUGUUAAGCAAUCAGCCCCACCUAUGGGCAUUAAUAAUACCGAAGAGUGCGUAAACGUGCUUUGCCAGUAUCCCGAAUGA